AUGGCCGACACCUGCAUUGUGUGUUUAAACGACCUUGGCGGAGACGCUGUGUCGUCUCCCGUCGCCGCCGAAUCUCCGCCAAGACCUGAUAAUGAUAACGACGAUGACGACGGCGCCAAUCUCACGGCAAAGGCCUCGCUGCCACAACAGGAUGUUGAGGAUGCAGGCACUGCUUUACAGUUAGCUCGUCUGGUGCCGUGUCUCCAUAUGUUUCACAACGAAUGUCUCAAACCAUGGGUUGAAAGAGCGAACAGUUGUCCCGUCUGCCGGGCGAGUUUUAAUGUAGUCGAGCUACUCGACAACCUUGGUGGUCCCGUCGUCUCUACUUAUAGCGUCCAAGAUAAAGUUCAGGUCGCCGAUAUAGACCCCUUCAUGAUUUUCGAGGAAGAGGUCACAGACGAUUCCGAUACGCAACCCUGCCCGUUCUGCGGCGAUAAUGACAACGAGGAAGUCUUGUUGUUAUGCGAUGGGUGCGAUGUCCCAUCGCAUACUUACUGUUUGGGGUUGGACGCGGUGCCUUCUGGCUCAUGGUACUGUCGGGCGUGUGAAGCUCAGCGAGCUAUUGGCGCUGUGUCUGACACACCAAGCAGAUUUCCUCGCAGUCGCCGUCCUGAACGCCGGACUCGGGCACAACAGCGUUUGCUUCGGACUCACAACCAGGCCAACUCGCUACAGUGGGCAGCUGUGUGGCAAUCCGUUUACGACCGGUUGAACCUUGAUCUUGAUUUUCCGUUCGAUGACGAACAACAGCUCAGCCGAUUUCAUUCAAGGGUCACACCUCGCAGAGGCUCUCAUCGUGCAUGGCAGCGUCGUCUGGAGGUCGCAGAACGGCAAGGCGUUGGUCGAGUUUUCCGAGAACCAAGUGCUAUUAUAGAUGAAUAUGUGCCUCGGCCGUCUCGGCCCCGUGUGCCGCGCGCCCCAACUCCCCAACCCGAGUCAUUAGAAGAGAUGAGGGCGUGGAAUGCCUUUGAACGAGCGAGGGAGCUCGAGAAUGAUCCGAAUGCAGCACGAAAGAGAAAGGAACCGACACUCUCGCCAUCCCCCGAACCGACUGAACCUGAAAGAAAACUCAAACGACCACGUACUAGACGGACAGAAGAACUGGCUGCGUUAGCAACGCAAAAUAGCAAUGGUGAAGCAUCGCGAUCAGCCGCGCGGUUGAAUAACGACUCCGCAGGAGGGCCUAGUUUCCUUCAGUCGUUACUCAAAGAAGUCGAAGAAGCUUCCAACUCUCCUCGAAUUGACACUAAUGGACCUCCGACAUAUGUGAAUACACCCAACGAGUUUCAUAGCGCCUCUGGCCCUUCGUCGCCAUCACUGUCCCCGGCAUCCUCAAACCGGUCGUCCCCCCGGCUAUCGUCAAGAAGCCCUCCUCCUCACUCGCGAAUACGUGCUGUAUCACCAAUACAGUUGUCUCCUAGUAUCGAUUCUCCAUCUUCUCCAUCUUCUCCAUCUCCUCCAUCUCCGGAAUUCUCUCCGUCAGCCUCUCCCGCUCAGAGUCAAACGGAUAAUUCCGACUUUCAGCGCCAACCCGAUUCUAGCCAUCGUGAUCCACGCCGGCAACGUCGGGCUGAAGGCAUACGGUCUAGUGAUGUAUCCCCAUCGCGACUUAGCCUUUCACUUUCCGCCAAAUCAAGUAUACAGAAACUGGUUAGCUCCGAACUCAAACCAUAUUAUCGCCGCAAAGUCAUCUCGAAAGAUGAUUAUACAAACAUCAACCGUACAAUCUCCCGCAAAUUAUAUGAACAUGUAGAGGAAGGGGUAGAACUGCAAGAAGACCAUUUACGGGAGCUCAAGGAUAGUGCACGCAAGGCUGUGAAGGAAGCGGUUGAUCUGAUUCGAGAGGAGCCCUCAACGACGGAUGACAAAACAGACUCCGGAAAUGUACUAAUAGGCGUGAAUUAGUGGGAUAUGACUGUUACGACAUAUUCAUGGCAUGGCAUGGCGUUGGUAUAUUUCCCCUUCUUUAGGUAUACCUGUCUGAUUUAGGAUACUGAUCAUCUGGGAAAUCUGGUUUU